GGGCGGGGCGGGGCCAGGCGGGCCGGGAGGGCGGGUCCAGCCGCGGCCCCGGCGAGGUCCAGUGCGCCUGCGCUGACAGACGCAAGAUGGCGGACAGUGCGGAACUAAAGCAAAUGGUUAUGAGCCUUAGAGUUUCUGAACUUCAAGUACUAUUGGGCUACGCUGGGAGAAACAAGCACGGACGCAAACACGAACUUCUCACAAAAGCUCUGCACUUGCUAAAGGCUGGCUGCAGUCCUGCUGUACAAAUGAAAAUUAAAGAACUCUAUAGGCGGAGGUUCCCCCAGAAAAUCAUGACGCCUGCGGACUUGUCCAUCCCCAGCGUACAUUCAGGUCCUAUGCCAGCAGCUUUGUCUCCAUCUACCAUUCCACAGCUCACUUAUGACGGUCACCCUGCAUCAUCACCAUUACUCCCUGUUUCUCUUCUGGGACCUAAACACGAACUGGAACUCCCACACCUUACAUCAGCUCUUCACCCAGUCCAUCCGGAUAUAAAACUUCAAAAAUUGCCAUUUUAUGACUUAUUGGAUGAACUGAUAAAACCCACAAGUCUAGCAUCAGACAACAGUCAACGCUUUCGAGAAACCUGUUUUGCAUUUGCAUUGACACCACAACAAGUGCAGCAAAUCAGUAGUUCAAUGGAUAUUUCUGGGACCAAAUGUGACUUCACAGUGCAGGUCCAGUUAAGGUUUUGUUUAUCAGAAACCAGUUGUCCACAAGAAGAUCAUUUCCCACCCAACCUUUGUGUGAAAGUGAAUACAAAACCUUGCAGCCUUCCUGGUUAUCUUCCACCUACUAAAAAUGGUGUGGAACCAAAGCGACCCAGCCGACCAAUUAAUAUCACCUCACUUGUCCGGUUGUCCACAACAGUACCAAACACCAUUGUUGUUUCUUGGACUGCAGAAAUUGGAAGAAACUAUUCCAUGGCAGUCUAUCUUGUAAAACAGUUGUCCUCAACAGUUCUUCUUCAGAGGUUACGAGCAAAGGGAAUAAGGAAUCCGGAUCAUUCUAGAGCUUUAAUUAAAGAGAAAUUGACUGCGGAUCCAGACAGUGAAAUAGCUACAACCAGCCUAAGGGUUUCUCUACUAUGUCCACUUGGUAAAAUGCGGCUGACAAUUCCAUGUCGGGCCCUUACCUGUUCUCAUCUGCAGUGUUUUGAUGCAACUCUUUAUAUUCAAAUGAAUGAGAAAAAGCCAACCUGGGUUUGUCCUGUCUGUGAUAAAAAGGCUCCGUAUGAGCACCUUAUUAUUGAUGGCUUGUUUAUGGAAAUCCUAAAGUACUGUACAGAUUGUGAUGAAAUACAGUUUAAGGAAGAUGGCUCUUGGGCACCUAUGAGGUCAAAAAAGGAAGUACAAGAAGUUUCUUCCUCUUACAAUGGAGUUGAUGGAUGCUUGAGCUCCACACUGGAGCAUCAGGUGACUUCUCACCACCAGUCCUCAAAUAAAAAUAAGAAAGUAGAGGUGAUUGACCUAACCAUAGACAGUUCUUCUGAUGAAGAGGAGGAAGAGCCACCUGCCAAGAGGGCCUGUCCUUCCUUGUCUCCCACAUCACCACUAAAUAAUAAAGGCAUAUUAAGUCUUCCACAUCAAGCAUCUCCAGUGUCCCGAACCCCAAGUCUCCCUGCUGUAGACACAAGCUAUAUUAACACACCUCUUAUCCAAGACUACAGGCAUUCUUUCCACAUGACACCCAUGCCUUAUGACUUACAAGGAUUAGAUUUAUUUCCUUUCUUAGACAAUCAGCAUUAUAACACCUCCCUCCUGGCCGCUGCAGCGGCGGCAGUUUCGGAUGAUCAAGACCUCUUACAUUCUUCUCGGUUUUUUCCAUAUACCUCGUCCCAGAUGUUUCUUGAUCAUUUGAGUGCAGGAGGCAGUACUUCUCUGCCAACCACCAAUGGAAGCAGCAGUGGCAGUAACAGCAGCCUUGUGUCCUCCAACAGCCUGAGGGAGAGCCACAGCCACACGGUCACCAACAGGAGCAGCACGGACACAGCGUCCAUCUUUGGCAUCAUACCAGACAUUAUUUCAUUGGACUGAGUUCCUUGCCCCUGCUGCUCUCAUCCCCACCCCAGAUUAAGUGAACUUGGCAGAAAGGAGAGAACUUUGUGCUAUGUUUUACCUUACUCUGUUUAGAAAAGUACACAAGCGUGUGUUUUUUUCCUUUUUUUAGGGAAAAAAAUUAAAAGAAAUGUACAGAGAACAAAACUAUAUUUUCAGUUUUACUUUUGUAUAUAAAUCUAAGACUGCCUGUCUGAUAUAACACUUGUAAAAAUAAACCAAAAAAAGGAAAGAAAAGGAAAAAAAGAAAAAAAUAACAAGUACCCACAAAACACCUUCAGUUCAAUUUUCUGGAUUCUGAAGUUUGUUUUUUGUUUUGUUUUUUUUUUCCAUCAUUUGUCCUAUGGUUUUGGUGUUAUUUUACUUCAAUGGCAUUAUUUUAUUUGCAAUAACAAAAGGAAUUGCAUGUAUGAAGUUUUAAAUUGUGGGCUUUUCUUCGUUGUGGGGAGGGAGCUGGGGGCAUAGUUUUAAUUUCCAUUUUCUAAAAAUGACAGACUUGAGUUUUGUUCGUGUGUGCACAUUUUAUCCAGCCUUAAGUUAUAAAUCUCAUCUGUCCCACUGCAUUCCCUGUGUAUUUUCAGGACAUAGCUCAUGAAUGUGUGUUUCCAGUGUGUGCGUCUGCGUUUUUCUGUCAUCACCGUUCCUUCUCUUCCCGAGUUUGUAUUCAGUUGAUAAUCAGUUGCCUGCUUCUUUCAAACUGCUUUGAAGUUCUUGAACUCACGUAGGAGCAUCUUUAUUGACUAUUCCAAUUGCAUGUUCUCCAUAUCACAGAUUCCCCCUUAUUUGCUAGAUACCCCUGAGAAUAUGUUUUUAGAGGCUGGAGUAAAGCUGUCUGGGUAAAGGGGUAGGCUUAGCAGACCUGUGAAUAAUAUGCUUUAGUCUAGCUCUUUACUCUAAAUUUGGAUUGCCAGUAUUAUGCACUUAAACAAAGUCUGUGAACACCUACUUUUUUAGCCACAGGGUAACGACUUCUUGUAAGAUCUGCAUACCAAAGUAGGAAGUAAAAAUAGCUUAGACAGCCCUGUUGUGUUUCUUGUGCAGCUGACAGAGAGAUAAGGUUGCAUUACCUCCCCCCAGAAAAAGAAGAAAGUCAAUUAUCCUAAAAGUAUAUUCUCUUCAGACAAUACAAUGCACCAUACGUGUCAAUCUGUAGAAACCUGCUAUCUGAUCAACAGCUGAAAUUCAAAAUGGGUUUGAUUCUUAGUCAUUUUAUUCUUUGGCUCUGAGUGUGCUCAGUUGCUUAGCUAUCUUGUUUGUUUUCCACCUUUUAAAAGACAAACAUGGCAUAGGAAAGUCAGGUAUGUGUUUUUGUUUUUAGAAUUCAUGGAUCAGUCUAUUCUUAUUAAUAAUGCAACAUGUAAAUAUCGACAACUGUUUUCAGGAGAUGAGUGAGAGCUGGAGGGAAGGAAAAGUUCUACUUGUGUUCCACCAUCCGCCUCAGAGAAGGUUAUACCUUUUUCAGGUGAUAACGGAGUCUGGGAAAGAUUUUUAGCUGAUGAGAGGUCUAGCAGGUUAAACAGAACAGAUCAGGAAGGGGCAUCACAAUGACCAGUUUUCCGGACUGGAUCUCGUAUCACAACUGUUAGUUCUCAGAGCUGAUGAAGGGCCCGCCACCUUUGUGUGUAACGUUGUUUUAAACCUUGCAAAACGACCUCCUGUGUUCCAGAUAGACUUCAAUAUGGUGGUUAUCUUUGGUUGUAUGAUAAGAUUACUGCUCACAUGACUGUGGCAUCUAAAAAUAAUAUGUUUCUUACAGCAUCUCUCUGCCACUAAAUUGUUGACUUGAAUUUUGAAAAACAAGUUAAUGUUGAUAUGUAUAUGUGUGUGUGUAUAUAUGUAUUUAUAGACAAGUGUGUGUGAGUGACAAAUAUAGUCUUCCCCAAGGCAUGUAUAUUCCACACAUACAUGGCUGAGUUAGUCACUAAACAAUUUGCAAUAAAAAAAAAAAGAUUUGUUGGUUAAAGCAGGAAGUAGUUAAAUUUUAAAAUGAAUCUGGUGUUAUGGUGAGUAAAUACUUUAAGAACUCUCAUUACCAUAUUAACUUAGGCUAAUACCUAAUAGUAUAAUUUGUCUAAAUUGAGAUUGGGAUACAAAUUACUUAAAAUUAUGGGGAGUUGCUUUUUCACAUUGCAAUAAGAAACAUUUCUAUUCAACUAUAUAAGAUAAAAUUAAUAGUUUUCUACGUUUUUGGUUUUUUCUGUCAUUGAUGUUAGUGGUCUCAAAAUUCUCAUCAGUAACUUUGUAUGAUGCUGAAUUACAAACUCUGAAUGAUCCAGUUGGAAACCUGUCCCUUGACUUUCUUCAGCCAGUUUUAGAGAGGGUUGAUUUCCCCUCCGUGUCCUGCAUUUAGCCACCCCACGGGAAGAAUGGGUGAUAGGAGAAGUAAAUGUCUGUCUAGUUAGUGGCUUUGGUCAUGUCUCUGCAGGAGAAACCAUUCAUUGUCUCUUUAUUUUAGUUCAUUCUACUAGAAGGAGUCUAUUCCCUUCAGUUGCUGACUUUUCAAAAUGUUGGUGUUAGUAGUAGCUAUUACUUUGUUGGUCUCAUGGCCAAUAUUAGAAUUUCAUGAUCUGUAGUAAUUAUUAGUAGAGCCAUGCACUGUAUCUUUUAAGUUUUUUUUUAAGUAUAUAGUCAUUUCAUCUCUUUAUUCCUUAGCCCGCCCACUCCUCCACGUAUGGAGAAUUAGUGAUUCUCAGAAUCUUUAGGCAAGUUGUCACCAUCUCCCUUGCCUUGGUCUUUCAUAAUAGGUGUGCAUAUGUUUGCGUUUCUGUAUAGUAUUGUAUGUGUGUGUAUCACACAUAUUUGGUAAAAUAGCUGUUUGACUAACAGGAUUGAAGUGGCUUUUUAGUUAUUUUGUGGGCAUUAUUGGACACCUUUUUAAAGCAAUCUGAAGUUUAACCAUGCCACACUUGGUUGACUAAUUUAUUUUGAACAUUAAGUUUUUUUCUAUAUUAAUUUAGACAUUAUCACAAUUCUGUAUCAUUAGCAACUUAGGAAAGAUUCACUCAAGCUUCUGAAAAAUGGGAUACCUUGGCAAAUUCUGCUUUGAGUCAAAUGUUUGAAGCUGAAUGAAAACAUCCCAAUUUUAAUUUCUAAUAUUGAACAUUUUUAAAUAAUUCCAGUUUUUAGUACAUAAAACACUUUAAGAUCUUCAGGACUUUUAGAGCACAUUUGAAAUUAUUUUAGUAAGAGUUUUGUUUUAUCAAUAUAUGUUGAAUUUUGUUUUAUAAUUAAAAAUAAACCAACACAAAACCACAAAGCUUAGAUUUCAGCAAGAGGGAGGGAGAUUAGCUGGUGGUCCCAGAGUGUGCUGCUGUUAAUUGUUUAAUUAACAAAGGGGAAAUGUAUAUAAACAUUUAUAUAAAAGUUAUCAUAAAUUCCAUAAACUUAAAUCUGUGAUUCAUUGCCUUAAGACUUUCUCUCUUAGAAUUUCCAUACCGCAUGCCAAACCAGUAAAAUGGCUUUUAAAAAUGUAUAGUAAACCAAUGUCAGUUUGUAUAAAAGUACCAAGUGAAGAUAUUUAUUACAUGCAUUGGAAAAAAAUUUGUUUACCUAUUGAAUGUUACCUGUUUAUGUAGAGCUCUUUAGAUGUAAUAAAAGAAAAGCCUUCAGUUAA